AUGAAUUAUAUACCGCCGAGAGAUUGUCUUUACUUCAAAGAGUCUCCAUCAGAACAAACCUUCGAUUCAAUUGGUUUCGGAGUUGUGCACAAUCAGGUCUACUAUCUGAGGCGAUCGCCAGAUUUUUUUCAAGUUCAAACUCAAGAGAAUCAAGAAGAACGAUCUAAAUUUUAUUGUCUUGGCGUUCUUCAUGAAGAGGAUGAAGAAAACAACUUCCGUGAUAACAUUUUCUGCUUCAUAAAAGCACGGUUUGAAGUUGAGCUGGAAAAGAACAAACUUUAUGUCACGGAAUGGUGCAAAAAUUCGGAUUUCAACGAACUUGAUUAUUAUGAAAAACGGGACCUUUAUCUUAUAGAUACUGACGCUGAUUUUGAGGAAGAAGCGAGCGAUUCUGACGAUGAAGUCCAGGGAAAUAUUGAUCUGGAAGACGAAGGCCUUAAUAUAGAAGAAGAUAAGACAACGGACAACUCAGACUUGGAGCAGGUUGAUGACAAGGAAGUAAUUGACGGAACUGACGAAGAGGAGGAAGAAGAGGAAGAACAUCGUCUUUUGUAUCGAGUUCGAUUGGUAGAUUUUCUUGACAUGGUAAAAACAGAUGCUGUGAAAAACGAACUUGUUGAGUACAAAUGCGGAGAAGUCACCAAACAAGCAACUUGUAUCGAAAUUUCCUCCUUACCAUCAAUCCACGGCGAUGACGGUCAGUUGAUAAAUAUCAAAAAAGCAAGAAAGAAGGAAGUUUCAAUAAACUGGUUUUUCUACGAAGAAGACCAUGAUUGA